AAUAAACAUCAACUAGAUGGCUGUACUUGAUGUCGAUACUGAGCGUGUGAAUGGAACUAGACUUCCGGGCUAGACUGCAAGGGCGAGAUCGCGACGGAAAUGCGCGACGGCGAUGAACGAAUGAUGGCGACGCCGUAAUAAUAACAAUCGCCGCGUUGUACACGACCUUCGCGUUUUUCACUGGAGCUUCUUCGUCGUAAAGCGAUUUUCGCGGAUUUGCGAGGUUAAACGCUGGCAACAACACGAAAAUAACGAAACAUGAUGCCGACAAUGCCACCCGACUCGCAUAAAAUCUCACUGAAGAUUAUAGAGGCGAUCAAGCAACAUCCGGUGUUGUACAGCGCCGAAGUGCGGGGCCCAGCGAUCAAGCUGCAGGAAUUUAGGCAGAAAGUCUGGAAACGUAUUUCGGACGAACUCGGACUCGAUCCAACUUGGGUAAGAUUAAAAUGGAAGAAUCUUAGGGAUACCUAUUGCCGUAUUUUAAAGUAUAAAAAUAAAACAGAAGAAGCUACAAGAAAGAAGAAAUGGAUCUUUGAGGAUCAUUUAAGCUUCAUAAAAUUUCCGCAAGAAUUGGGUUAUCAGCCGCAAUGUGUAGAACUGACUGAGGAAUAUAUACAAGACAUAAAUGCAGGUGGAAUAAGUUCUGAAGGUUUAUUGGAACAAUUAGAAGAUAGGAACGAUGAAGAUUACAGUGAAUACUUAGAAGUUCUUGAAGAAACAACAGCAGAUCCAGUUUCGAUGGAAUCUGAAACUAUAGAAACAUAUGAGAGCAAUGAUCCGCAGCAACUGACCACACAAGAAAUGGCAAUCAAUUCACAGGAGUCUGCACAACGGGAUAUUGAUAGUUAUGCCCAGGAAAUACAGUCAAAAUACCGGAAAAUACGUCCGAAACGAAUAAAGACUCAUGCAUCUGCUUCGAAUAUAUCUAACACUUACAAUAUAUUGAAAACUAACAAUACAAACACACUUCUUGAUGCCAAUGCAAUGACUAAUUCUGUUAAUCCUAUAAUUGUGACAAGCUCUGUUCUAACGCCAAUUACGCCUAUUUCUACGUCUGCAAACGAAUCGGGCGAUCUAAAGGAAGAAAUAGAUUAUGAGCAGUUUUUAGUGCCUGAAAGCAAAAGCAGCAUAGAGUUGUUUUUCGCUAGCAUGGCACAAACUGUGAAAAAGCUCCCAGCUAAGGCACAGGCAGACAUCAAGAUGAACAUUUGUAAAAUAGUUACAGAAGCGGAAAUGCGAUAUUCCAAAGAGAUUACUGCGCAAACUACGCAGCAAUUUAUUACGCCACCUGGUAUGAUACCGAAACUAGUAUUGAUACCCUGCAAUAAGUUCGAUAAUCAAAGCAUCAAGGACUGAUACUGGUCCUGAUAAGCCGCACUUAAUUAAUCGGACGAUAACGACUUAUUAGGCUCAAAAAUGGUACAAAACAACAUAAUCGUCAGAUAUCAUGUGAAUAAUGAAAAUAGAUAUAAGUGUUUCUGUCGAUAAUUUUUUAAUUAGAAUGUUAGGAAACUGAUGAAAUAUGAACAGAAAAGAAAUAAUUGUUCCAGACUGUCUUAUAAAAUGCAAUACCAGCUUACUCUGAAAAGUAAAUAUUAAAAUCUU